AUAACGACUGUUAACGGAAAGCAACGGAGUUUUAGAACACUGGCUUAGAAUUUUGAGAAGAAAAAAAAACUAGACUUCAAAGGGUUAAUAUGAUGAUCGUAAACCUAACGGUAGUUACUAGGCUACUACAUGUGUCCCUAUUCAGUUCUCUUCCGGGUAUGUAACGGCACGAAGACUGCAGCAGAAAGUCAGUAAUUGGACAUUAAUAUCAAUGUACCAGCUACCUUUUCAGAAAUAUGCCAUAGUUUCUUAGCAUUUUUUAAAAUUCAUUUUUCUUGCCAGCUAGUUGUUAAAUGCUUUCAAUGACGGGUUUUGCAGCUGGCACAGUUAACAGCUGUUGCUGCAUUAUGGUCAAACUGUUAGCUGUUCGCAUGACCAACAUUAGCUAACGGUAACCGUUACCUAUGUAGCAUAUAUUUAAUUUUCAGCUGCCUCAGCUAGCAACUAGGCUAUCUUUGCUUCGUGUAAUGUUCUUACAUUCUGUUAUUGAUUUUGAUCGCUAGCUAGCUCGGCUAUAUUCUUAGACUGCAGCCGGGAACACCCUUGUAGCUGCGUCUUAACCCAUCUUCGUCCCAUUGCGUAGCUUGGCAGUCCGUGGGAAGGAUGCUACAAGGGCCGUAUGGUCUGGACCGAGACAAACCUCUGUUCAGACUGCCUUUCACGAUCUUCGCUGUGGCCACCGUCUUCCUGGCGCUCGGCGGGUUGGUCUCCUGCAUCCUCAUCUCGUUGCUUUACCAUUUCGAGGAGUCGACCGCUACCCACUGCCAGGUCCCAAACUACCUCCCCUCCAUCAGCGCCUCCAUCAGCCAGACGCCCGAGCGCUACAUCUGGCGGGUGUGCAUCGGCCUGCACUCCGCCCCGAGGUUCCUGGUGGCCAUCGCCUACUUCAACUUCUACCGCGGACGCUUCGCCAAGCGCUGGGCCGAAUGGCUGCUCAGCUGCCUCACCCUGGCCAGCGCCCUGGGGGAGAACCUGGGCCUGCUGCUGCUCACCUACGUCUCCUCCAACGAGACCUACGAUGUGCACAAGAACGGCUUCAUCAUCUUCAUCGCCUGCGCGCUUGUGCACAUGGCCGUCACCUGCAGGCUCUGGCAGGUCAUUAAGAAGUACUCAUUUAGUCCUGAGGAGCAGACGUCGUACCUGUGGAAGAAAUGGCUCUUCGCCUUCAACAUAAUGUCCUGCCUGUUUGCCGCUUACUUCUACCGGUGGCACAACAGCUACUGUGACCCAGGAAUCUACACCUUCUUUGCGUUCUUUGAGUACCUUGUGGUCCUCUCUAACAUCGGCUUCCACAUCACGGCCUACUGGGACUUCGGAACCAAGGAGGUGAUGGUGGCCACCCCCCCGGAGGACAAGCGCUUCUGACGGGGGAACCGAGGGGCGGGCCGGGGAGAGGAUGCGCCCUGCCCCUCCUACUCACCCUCCUCUUCCUCCUGCUCUUCACCCUCCCGCGCCUGUCCUUGGAAUCCUGGGAAGGCCGAGUGGGCGGGGCCGGAGAGGAAGGUGCCAGUGGAAGACCAGGUGUUCCACAUCUACCCCUGAGGAGUGAAUUGGGGGCGGGGGGGGGGGGGGUCGUCCAAUUCCAUUUCAAACACCCCCUCCCUCACUGCACCUAUAGAGAUGUCAUGAGCACCUGUGUACAUCUGAGGAAGGAUGGCAGUGGAUGGACAGGAAUGGUGAAAUCAUGUUCUCCUCUGGGGGGUGGAUAUAGAGCAGGAUUUGCGAACUCCAGUCCCGGGGGGCCACAGUGUCUGCAGGUUUACAAGAUUUCCUUUCAAUCAAAAAUAAGUUGUGUAGAUUCUAGCAGUGUUUCCCCAAAGUUAGGAGCUCAUCUGUGGCAGCGUGACGUGUUGUAUAUAGCCAUUACACUUUGUUGAAGGUGUAAUUUUAAAAGCGGUCAUGGACCAGGGGGUGGAGGAGAGAUUGGAAUCGUGGACUGGGGAGGGAGAUUACCCUUUUUAUUUAUCACUGAUAAAGAUAAAGACACAGUUACCUUUCGCUGCCAUGUCGAUGUGGCAGAAUUCUGCAGAGGUUUAUCUCUGAGUGACUCCAAACAUGCCUCUUCAUCAUAAAUCCCGUUAUUAAAGCAACUCUGAGGAGCUCCUCCAUGGAUUAAAACCAGAGCGUAAGAAAAGGAUCGUCUUAAACGAGUGCUCCAACUCCACCUCUUCCGGGAGUCAGUCCACUUUGGAAGUCUUUCUUGGGUUCUUUUUGAACAACUCUUUAUUUUGCGUCGACCAUGCUGAUAUUUGCCACAAAUGGGUAUGUGUAGGGGAAACAUUAUCCAGCUCGAUCAGUGACACGUAUCGAGCACUUAAGUGCUCGAACGUACUGGCCAUUAUCGCACACUUCUGGCCUCCAAAACUGGAGUUUGAGAUCCCUGAUCUCAAGGUUGUGAAAGCAGUGGUGCGGUGGCCUGUGAGGACAUAAAGGACCACCCUGUGAAAGCUGUCCCUUGUGUUUCAGACAUCUUAUCCUUUCGUAUGCCAUUUGGUUUUUCAGUUUUUUGUUUUUAAAAAAAUGCUAUUUCAGUGACAUUUCAGGUUGGCUGCUGCUCGGUGACUCCACGUUGGGAGCUGAAGCGUUGAGUCAAAGAUAACGUGUUUUUAUCUGUGUGACCUGAUGGAAAUCUCAUCGAUUUAAAGUCCUGACUGGCAGGGAGAAAGAUUUGGCUCACGGUCGUAUCUUCCUCUCUCUCAGAGCUCCUGGUGUCUGUGGUUCCAAUAAUCAGGCUUUGUUUGUUUUGUGGAACUGUUCUGUCGCUCUGUUGCUUCCUCUUUCAUUUCUUUGGGUGGCUUCUGUAGUUCAAACUCCUCCCCUGGAGAGCCGCUGGUUUCAUGUGUUUUUCAGCACAAUUAAUUUAAGCGUCUCCACGUUUUUUUUUAAAUAAAAAUGCCUCUAUCUAACAUUUAGGUCCCAUCCUGCUCUGUUAUCCCGCGCAGGUCCGCUGAAGCGCUGGUCUUUAAAAACAGAAAUGUCCGCUAUCUCCUCCUGUCGUUACGGUCAAACUGACCGUAAUGGUCGCUGUGUCUGUAAAGAUGUACUGCUAAUGCGAACACAGCUCUGCUCAUGCCAUGCGCUAAUGCACAUCUGUGAAACUCAGGAAAUUGUAAUUAUUAUUAUUAUUAUUAUUAUUAGUAUUGUGAUUGUGAUUAUCAUUAUCAUUUUGUGUGCCAUGUUUAAAUCCCGAAGUGUGAGCAUUAUUUUAAAAUUAUUUAAAGAGUUUUUACAUUUCAGUCCAGGGCAGGAGUGAAGUUGGCUCACGGUCGUUCGGUUGCCGUGAGUUUCCAUUCUCCGCUGGCAGUGUAGGCAGGUGCGUUUUUACCUUUGUGGAAUGCCAAGCUGACUGAUGACGUUCUAAAUGCGCUUUUAAAAAACAGCCAUUAUUUUUAUUAUUAUCAUUACCAUUUCAGCAGAGAUUUUCUGAAAACUGUUCUCUUGACCUGUAGCUGCUACUUUUACGAUGCAGUCACUACAGUGUACACUGUACAGUGUAAAUCUUGUAGUUUUUUUUUUUUUUUUUUUGGUGUUUUUGGCCGGAAGCUAUUUAUGGAGUUCCUAAGAUUUCAACGCUAGAAGUCGUGGCUAAAGUGUCAUAGGCUUCUCUACCUCCAUGUAUCACCUGUAACUCUAUCGUAUUACAUGACCUGCAAUUGUAUCAUAUUACACGACUGUACAUGAAGAGUAUGGCAAUUCCGUUCAACAGAAAUUUAGUCUUAUCAAUGUUUUAUGCUGAUGUAAACAGCAUUUACAGUGGUGCUUGUGCUUUCUUUUUCAUAAUUUACAGAUGUGAUUAAUGGAUUUUUUUUUAAAUACCCAGGAUUUUCCUCAUUUAAUAUGGGAUGUGAUUUUAUGUUUUGUGUGGAUUGCCAGCCCCUAUAUCUCUUUGUAAGCCAGUCUGCAUUGAGUUGGGCUUGGUUUGUACCUGGACAAGAGACAAUCUGAGAAAACCAGGUUGCAGGCCGUAGAGGGAUUGGUGGGCCAGUAGGGGGCGCUCCGCCCACUGGCCCAAGCCAGGGUGCAGGGAUGGGGAUACUGUGCUGUAGGUGAUGCUGUCUUUCAAAUGAGACGCUAAACCGAGGUCGUACAGACUCCAUGGUACUUUACAGAAAGUAUAAUGCUUACAGCUGAUUGGCUGUUGAUUGUAGUCCCCACCCACCUUGUGUGUCCAUAGGACAGCGAUUAAGAGAAGGGAGCUCUCCAUGCUCCUUCCUGGUUGAUUAAUAAUUAAUUAUUAUUGCCAUUUGUGAGACUGAAAACACCGCCGGUGAAUUUGUGUGGUCUGUAACGCUUAGCCAAAUGGGGAGUUUACGCUAACGCAGAACUAAAGCUUCUUCAGUGGUGAAAUUUUGAAGGGUAUGUUAAUGUGAAUUAUUGUACACCGUGUUUGUGCCGAACGAACGCUACUGGCUAAAUGUAGAGGUGUGUGUUUCUGUGAGACUCGCACGGUCCUGGACUGUAAUGGUCACUGAAUAAAUGUGUCAUUACAGAGA